UUUUGGCUUCGUACAUAUAUAAAUAGACAGGGUGUGCAGUUUGAAAUGGAUUGUGUUUGUGUGUUCUGUUAUCCUAUAUCAGUGAACAAUGUCAUUUCAAAAGCCAAAGAAAGGCACAAGGUUUGACAUCACAUCACAAUUUCUGGUCCCAAUAAUUCCUCUCUUGCCCCAUCUUCUUCUUCUCCCCCAAUCCCAGCAGAUGAAAGACUGGAAAAAAUGGCUGAAGGGAACAGCACCAGGGUGACUGAAUUCAUUCUUUUGGGUUUUUCAGUUCAAAGAGAGAUCGAAAUUAUUCUCUUUCUGCUCAUCUUAGUGGUAUACACUCUAACUUUGGUAGGGAACUUUGGAAUGAUUUCAUUAAUCUGGUUGGAUUCUCGACUUCACACACCUAUGUAUUUUUUUCUUAGUAAUCUGGCCUUUGUGGACUUUUGCUACUCCUCAUCAAUAGCCCCCAAAUUCCUGGAGACUCUUCUGACCAACCACAGAUCUAUAUCUUUCUAUGCGUGUGCAACACAACUGGGAUUUUUCCUGAACUUCUUGAUCUCAGAGAUGUUCCUCCUUGCUGUCAUGGCUUAUGACCGCUAUGUGGCCAUCUGCAAUCCUCUUCUCUACAUGGUAGUCGUGUCCCAAAAGGUGUGUAUGCAGCUGGUAUUGGCUCCCUACUUAUACAGCUUUUCUGUUGCUUUGCUCCACACAGUAGUUACUUUCCGACUGAUUUAUUGUGGCCCCAAUAUCAUCAAUCACUUCUAUUGUGAUGAUGUCCCGUUAAUGGCCCUUGCCUGCUCAGACACCAGCCUCAAAGAGAUUCUGAUUUUCAUCUUCGCUGGAUUCAACAUGAUCAGCUCUUUGACUACUGUCCUUAUUUCUUACUUGUACAUUGUGGCUGCCAUCUUGAGAAUCCAGUCCACAGAAGGAAGGUGCAAAGUGUUCUCAAUCUGUGCCUCUCAUCUCACCGCAGUGACUAUAUUCUACGGGACUCUGAUUUUCAUGUAUCUGCAGCCAAAAUCAAAUCAUUCCCUUGACACAGACAAAAUCCCUUCUGUUUUCUACACAAUAGUCAUUCCUAUGCUGAACCCCAUGAUCUACAGCUUGAGGAACCAAGAGGUAAAGAAUGCCCUGUGGAAAGCCAUUGAAAAAUAUUAUGUCUUGUCUCUAACAAAUUUAAAAAGAUAAUUUCCUUACUUGGAACAAUACCACAUACCAAUGCAUUGUUUUUUUAUAAAUAUUUUGUUGAAGUAAAUUUGCUUUUUUUCACCCUUUAUGAGUAAAAUUCCUUUGUACUAAGUUCUAUUUUCCAUCCAUCCUGUAAUAAAAUGUAAUGUAUAAAGGAGUAGAAUUAAGGCUUUUAACAAAUUAAUACUAGUUCCAUA